UGAUUAUAUUCAUUGAGUCCAAAGAAUAACAGUUUAUUGUAUACCAUUGGUUGAUUGUACCAAAGCUAAGCAUAGCCAAGCUUUGCCAGUUAAAUAAAAACAGACUAUUGUACUUUCAGAGUUCAAAAGCAGUAAUGCUGUUGGCUAAUGGAUUGUAUGCAACAAUAACUGCAGUAUAUUUCAUGUCUACAGGUACAGUACCCCCAGAUCAAGGGUUUGAGUUGUGUGCUAAUCCAACAGAGCCUGGAGUUAAUGGAUGCAACAGCAAUGGUUGGGAUGAACUGAUACUCUAUCCAUUUAUAAUAUAUGGAAUAUGGGUAUUCUGCUAUAUACUAAUAGUGUUCUAUUGGAAGGAAAAGAUUAUAAAAGAAAAGAAUUACAUGACAGCAUUCACAAUAAUGUCACAAGAGAAGAAAGGUGGUCUUAUAUAUUCAAUUACUAACUGUCUGGGACUAAAGUAUCAGAAACAAAUGUACUUUGUUGCUUACACAGUAAUGGGAUGCCUCUUCUUCAUACUAGCAUACUUAUGCUUUAUAUCGUUAGUGUAUAAUUACAUUUUCUUUCUGGGGUUUGUCCUGAUUGCCUGUUACAAUGGAGCUACUUUCUAUAUCAAGGUUGUUGGGAAAGAAUAUUAUAAAAAUGAAGAAAAGAAAAAUGAAUAAAUUAAAAGUUUAUGCCUGCUGAUGUCAUUUUGUUAUUACACCAGUGCAUCAUUUAAUUCCAUUUUAUUGCAAUGUGUUAAAAUUGA